AUGGAGCAAGGAAGCAAGGCGGCGCUCGGGUGGGCUGCGAGGGACGCCUCCGGACACCUCUCCCCUUACAGCUUCUCGAGGGUUCUGAGAGACGGCGACGUGACGAUCAAGGUGCUCUUCUGCGGGGUCUGCCACACGGACCUCCACAUCAUCAAGAACGAGUGGGGCAACGCCAUGUACCCCGUCGUUCCCGGGCACGAGGUCGUCGGCGUCGUCACGGACGUCGGCCCCGGCGUCACCAAGUUCACGGCCGGCGACACGGUGGGCGUGGGCUACUUCAUCGACUCGUGCCGCACCUGCGAGAGCUGCAGCACGGGGCACGAGAACUACUGCCCCAACGUCGUGCUCGCCUCCAACGGCGUAGACCGCGACGGCGUGACGACCACGCAGGGUGGCUUCUCCGACGUCGUGGUGGUGGACCAGCACUACGUCGUCAGGAUCCCCCCAAGCCUGCCUCUGGACGGCGCCGCGCCGCUGCUCUGCGCCGGCGUCACGGUGUACAGCCCCAUGGUGGAGUACGGCCUCAACGUGCCUGGGAAGCGCCUCGGCGUCGUGGGCCUCGGUGGCCUCGGCCACAUGGCUGUCAAGUUCGGCAAGGCGUUCGGGAUGGCGGUCACGGUGAUCAGCUCGUCCCCUGCCAAGCGUGAUGAGGCGAUCGAGCGCCUUGGCGCCGAUGAGUUCUUGGUCAGCCGCGACACCGAGCAGAUGAAGGCGGCGGCAGGCAGGAUGGACGGCAUCAUUGACACGGUGUCGGCGUGGCACCCGCUCGCCCCGCUGCUCGAGCUUCUGAAGCCCAUGGGGCAGAUGGUGCUCGUGGGAGUGCCCAGCAAGCCGCUGGAGCUGCCAGCCUUCGCCGUCUGUCCGAGCGGGAAGCGCGUGGCCGGGAACGGCGUGGGCAGCGUCGGCGACUGCCAGGCGAUGCUGGACUUCGCGGGGCAGCACGGCAUCACCGCGGACAUCGAGCUCGUUAGGAUGGACUACGUCAACACGGCCAUCGAGCGGCUAGAGAGGAACGACGUCAGGUACCGGUUCGUCGUUGAUGUCGCUGGCAGUCUGGGCCCCGCUGCUUAG